AUGAUUGAUCCAACAGCAACAAUAAAUGAUUCAGGUGGUGGCAAUAGCCAUUCAUCAAAAAGAAAUUUUAAUUGCUUUAUAAGACCAAGAAUUUUAUUAACCGGUUUACGUCGUUCAGGUAAAACAUCCAUACAACGUGUUAUAUUUACUAAAAUGUCACCAUCACAAACACAAUUUCUUGAAUCAACACCACAUUUAACAUUAAAUCAAUUUUCAUGUGGUUCAUUUAUUAAUUUUCAAGUACAAGAACUACCCGGUCAGUUACAAGUAUUUACAUCAGGACAUAAUAGUGGUAGUGGAGGAAAUAGUGGAUUAGCAUCAUCAUAUGAUGAUGAUACAAUGACAAGUAUGGUUGGUGGUGGUUAUGAUAUGGAACGUUUAUUAAAACGUUGCAAUGCUGUUGUAUAUAUCAUUGAUGCUCAAGAUGAUUAUUCAGAGUCAAUUGUACGGUUAAAUGUAAUUAUACAAAUAGGUAGACGAGUUAAUCCAAGAAUACGAUAUGAAGUAUUUAUACAUAAAGUUGAUCAGUUAUCAGACGAAGCCAAAACUGAAACACAACGAGAUAUUCAUAAUCAGGUACGAGAUCGUUUUGCUGAUACUGUUGGUGGAGGGGAUAUGUGGUCAUCAACGUCCAAUACGCCUAAUACAAAUCCUCAAGAUAUUCUAAUAAAUUUUCAUUUAACUUCAAUCUAUGAUCAUUCAAUAUUUGAAGCAUUUUCAAAAGUAAUACAAAAAUUAAUCCCACAAUUUGGCCAUUUAGAACGUUUGCUCAAUUAUUUAUUAUUAACAUCGAAUAUUGAUCAAGCAUUUUUAUUUGAUGUUCAAACGAAAAUAAGUAUUGCAACUGAUUCAUCACCCACCGAUAUGCAAAUGUAUGAAUUAUGUUGUGAUAUGAUUGAUUUAUUAAUUAAUAUGAGUGAAAUAUAUGGAAAACCAAACGAAGAUAAUGUUCGAACAAUUAAUGAUGAUGACGAUGAUGAUGAUGAUGAAUAUAUAAAUGAACGUGAAAAUUUAAAUAAUGAUGAUAAUGAACAACAUGAAUGGAAUAUUGAUACUCAAAAUGAUCCAUAUGAUGAGAAUAAUGUUCAAGUCAAUGAUUUAAGAAAUAAUUCAUAUAUACAUAGUCCUUUAGGUACAACACCAGUGAUAAAUAAUCAACAUUCAUCAUUAAUUGAAACAACAAAUGAACCAGCAUCAGCUGUAUUUGAUUCAAUGUCAUCAAGUGUUAUUAAAUUAACCGGUGGUCGAGCACUUUAUCUCAAAGAAAUCAAUCGUCAUUUAGCAUUAAUAUGUAUUUUACGAGAAGAAGCACUUACAAAACAAGCACUUAUUGAUUAUAAUGUUAGACAAUUAAAAAAAUCAAUUAUGAAAUUAUUUCGUUUAAAUCAUCCAACAUCUCGACCUCCUGUGUCAUCACCAAACAUUGUUUAA